AUGUACCUGGCUUUGGGCUCAGCCUUCACGACGGUUGAGUAUCAGGAUAUGCAGGUGCAACUCGGCACGGAACACUUAAUUGUGGCUAUUAACGGAGCUCCUGCUAGAGAGGGUCACCAGGUGAACGGCAUCAGCUUCGUCAUCUCGCUCAAUAACGGACAGCAGUGGGUGCUUUACUUCUUCUCCAAUGCUGGUGGGAACACGUCGCUGGUGUUCGAGGGUAACAAACUUACUACCACCUCCAAGUUCACAGGUGUUGUACAAGCAGCCUUUGUGUCGACAAGUGCCGUGCAGUCUUCAGUUCCUCAAGACGAGCACAAGAUCCUGCAGCUUUACCACGCUAGUGCCGGUGUCUAUCCCAGAGGUGUCUCGGUCCAGACGUUAGACUCCGACUCGUUCGUGUUCCACUGGCAACUUGCAAGUGCUGCAGGCAGCAACCCGGGAGCUCGUUUCCUGCACUUCGCACUCACUCACCUGCAAGGUAUGCUGGAUCUAUCCACCGUUGAAGCCAAAAACGAGCUAGUGCUGCAUUCGCACACACACGGGCCACUGUUCGCAUACCUGCUGACAACUCCGCCGAGCUCCAAUCCGACGUGGCAUUGCCGUGUCCCUCAAGUAGAAAGCCAGGGAGUGGAGACGUGCACUGCGUUCUACCCGCCUCGCGCUAGUUCUCUCACACGCGACGUGGUGGACAGACUGAACUUGUGCCGCGUGGUCUCCGACGAGAUUUACGGAGAUUGGUCUCUACCUCAUGAAGGAAGCUACUACUUUAAAGGCAAGGCGUUGCAGAAGUUCGGUACCAUGUGUCUCGUAGCUCAACAGCUUGCGGACACCACGAACCCAGAAAUGCGAGAUGUUGCGCAGCACGGCAUCUCUAAGUUGCAGCAGCUUCUGUCGCAGUUUGCGGACAAUCAGUCAGCCUUCCCGCUUGUGUACGACACUGUGUACAAGGGGAUCAUUUCAAGCGAAGCACUGGUCAGGAAUGACAUGAAUGUCGACUUUGGUAACGGUGUGUACAAUGACCACCACUACCAUUACGGCUACAUCGUGACUGCUGCUGCGAUGGCGCUCUACUUAGACCCGAAUUGGUGUCACUCACCGGACGCUGUCAAGCUUCGAACUGUCGUGGAUACGCUUAUCCGAGACGUGGCCACAUCGUCUCCUACUGGUAGCGACCCUUACUUCCCGCGGUACCGAUACUUUAACUGGUGGCUGGGCCAUUCAUACUCCCACGGCGUGACCCCGAUGGCCGAUGGUAAGGACGAAGAAUCCACGUCGGAAGAAGUUAACUUCCUCUAUGGCAUUGCUCUGUACGGUCAAGUCACGGAGAAUGCAGAGCAACAAGCGCUGGCAAAGCUGAUUCUCAAGGUUUACGUGCGUGCUGUGAACACGUACUUCCUGUUGCGGAAUGACGGUCCUGUCAUCCACCCUGCUGGGUUCUCCAAGAACAAGGUGACAGGUGUGUUCUUUGACAACAAGUGUGACUACACCACGUGGUUUAGCCCCAACAAGGAGUGCAUCCAUGGCAUCCAAAUGAUCCCCGUGUCUCCGAUCCUCGAAGUAUCCCGACCUCCUCGUUUCGUUCGCGAGGAGUGGAACGAAGUGCUGAGUAGACUGCCCAUCGUACACGACUGGAGAGCCAAUCAGUCUGGCUGGACGUCCCUGUUGUUUGCCAACUACAGUGUCCUGGAUCGUGAAAAGGCUUUCGAGGUGCUGAGUUCGUGUCUCAUGGACGACGGACUCAGUCGCGCCUGGGCGCUGUACUAUGCUGCCACUCGACCGCACCCCUCUUGCUGA